CCAAAAUCUGCCACAUCUAUCUGCACACCAUACUGGUAUUUGACAUGCAGGGGUGCAGUACAGAGAGAAAGACAUAUUCCUUGUUGGCUCUCCUCCUCUCUGGAAGCUCAAGACUUUGUGUGCUCCUCUAGGCUACCUUCUCUUCUCUCUUUCCAACUGCAUACCGGCCAAGAGAAAAAUCGAGGACAAUGCCAAAGUGCAACUUACUACUCCUGUUAUUGUAGUGUGGAUUCCUCUCUUCACAGCAUUACAGCUUUGAGUGGAGAAACAGAACAGCGACAGAGAGAAGAUGCUUCUUUACUCAGUGAUACCUUUCUUUAGGUGCUAUGGAAUCACUUGUGCUUUUACAAUCCAAAAGAAGAUUUAAGCUUUCUGGCGUAUAGCCCCACCACCACACUUGACAGAAGAAACAAGAGGUUCGAGCUCUGCCAAAAAAAUCGACAUUGUGGCAAAUGGAGGCAUGGGCUAUUAGAGUGCUCUACUUCGUAUUGUUCUCCUUUGUUGUUUCUGCGAGAUUUGGGUCAUCUGCUCCCUACAGUGAAGAAGGGAGAACUCUUCUGAGACACAGAGAGAGAGAGAGAAUCAAACCGGCUGAUUCAUUGUCAAUCUGGGGAGAAAGAAAGGUGAUUGGCAGAGUGCUCACCUUAUUACUCAAAGAGAACAUGUUCUCCAGUGUAGCUGACAAUAGGGGAGGUUUUGGACCUUGCCGAAAAUGCUUAGCAAAAACUGUUCACAAUGCCAGACAACUUCUGCAAUCAAGGGAACUGAUUUCUAAUAAAACCCAAACACACUCCCAAAAGCAGUUGCCUCUCCCAGUUCAAUCACCGGCACCAAAACUGCAACCUCGUUGGCUUAUCUACGCAUUGCCCAUUGCUGGAGUCCUUUUCGUUGCAGCAGUAGCUACUGCCAUAUAUCUACUCUUCUCCCGUAGAAAGAAGGACAACACUGUCAUGCCAUGGUCCACAGGGUUGAGUGGACAGCUAAAGAAGGCAUUUGUAACAGGUGUGCCUUCUCUAGAGAGGACAGAGCUGGAGGCAGCAUGUGAGGGUUUCAUCAAUGUGAUCGGCACUUUACCUGAAUGCACAUUGUACAAGGGUACUCUGUCAAGUGGGGUUGAAAUAGCUGUUCUUUCCACUUCAGUUAACUCUGCGCAACUAUGGUCUGCUCAAUCUGAAGAGCAAUUCAGGAACAAGAUCUCGGUGUUGUCCAAAGUGAACCACAAGAACUUCAUGAACCUGCUUGGUUACUGCGCAUGCGAGGAGCCAUUCACCAGGAUGAUGGUGUUUGAGUAUGCUUCGUGUGGCUCCCUCUUUGAGCAUCUUCACAUCAGAGAAGCAGAACAUUUGGACUGGAAAACAAGGGUACGAAUCAUCACGGGAGUAGCCUACUGCUUGGAGCACAUGAUCCAGCUAGAUCCUCCUCCUCCUCUCCCAACAAGCCUGAGCUCCUCAUCCAUCUACCUCACCGAGGAUUACGCAGCCAAGAUCGCCGACAUCGAAUUCUGGAAGGAUGGCAGCAAGCAGGAUGCAGCAGCAGCAUCGCGAGAGAUUAGUCAAGAAAGCGUGAUCGUGUACAAGUUCGGGAUACUGGUGCUGGAGGUGAUCUCCGGGCGGCGGCCGAUCUCGGAAGACGACCGGCUGCUGGUGCUGUGGGCGUCGAGCUACCUGGACGGCAAGAGGCCGCUCAGCGCAAUGGCUGACAGGACGCUGGUGAGGUCGUCGUCCGCGGCGCCGGAGGAAGACGUAGCGGCGCUGUGCGAGGUGGUGCGGCGGUGCGUGAGGCCGGAGGCGGGGAAGAGAGCGAUAAGCAUGGGCGAGGUGGCGAGGAUGGUGAGAGGAGUGGGCGGGUUGUCGGCGGAGCAGGCCGCCCCGCGGGAGAAUCCCCUGUGGUGGGCCCAGCUCGAGAUCGCCUCGGCCUCCUCCGAAACCGCUUGAAAUUCCUCAAAUCCUAUGAAAUUUCAGUGUUUUCUUUUGUCUUCUUUCUUGUAUCAUGGUAGGCAUUCAGUCAUAGCAUGCAACAAGUUUUCGUCUUUUCUUUUUCUCUCUGCAGAGAUGAAUGUGCAGGUUUGUAAAGGUGAAAAAAGAAAAUAAAUUAUCAUAAAAUUCAUAAAACUACGUAUACAUUAACCAAAUUAUCAUAAAACUAGGUUAUAUAGCGAAACUAUUAAAGAUAUUCA